CAACCAUGCGUCAGAUGCAGGCGUUGGGCGAGACAUAUGGAUACGAACCUCAUGAUGGCAAUUCUAGUGAAAGAAAAAAUUGACUUUGUGAGGUACUAUUAGAAAUCAAACAGUGACAAGUUAAAACAUCAAGUAUGCUUUAUCUUGAAGAUAUUAUUGAAGUUAUUGAAAAUGUUCCUCAAGAGAUUCGUGAUAGGACCACAGAGCUGCGUGAACUUGAUCUGAGUAUUCAGAAUGCCCAUGACAAGCUGGAGGAACAGGUCAGGGCUUUUUUCAGCACUGCUAAAAAAAUGAAGCCCCAAGAACGUGAUGCUAUUUAUGAAAGAAUAAGAAAAGACUACUACAAACUACUUGAUGAUGCAGAUGAAAAAGUUGAUGUUGCCACUAACAUGUAUGAUUCUCUAGAGCGCUACACAAGAAAAUUAGAUCAGGAGCUAGAGAAAUUCAAGUAUGAGCUUGAAGCUGACAGUCCUGGGAUUACAGAAGUUUUAGAGAAGCGAUCUUUGGAACUAGAUGAACCGAUCAAAGAAAACCAAAAGGAAAAUCGGUACCAUCAUCAAUAUGGAAACUCACGCAGCAGCAGUAGCAGCAGUGAUUGGAGAUCUCUGCCAUCAUCAGCUUUGGUUAAAAAAGAAGAAGGCAUUGAGGCUCAGUUUGGGCCUGGGUUAUCUUCUUCUCCCCCGUCUUCAUUAUCUUACACACUUGGUCAAAUUGGUGCUGGUAGCAACGCCAUUGCGGCUGCUGCUUCUCAGGCAAUAGCUGCAACGCAGCAACUCCAGCAGGGGCGUCGCAGUGCCAGCCUUAAGGCAUCUUACGAUGCCAUUGCACACGGCGUGCACGCCUCCGAGUUCUCAAUUGGCACCGAACUCGCAACUGCCGCGCAAACUGCCCUGGCUGCCUCUGCCCUGCCUCAGGACUCAACCGCCGCAAGCACCAGUGGUGCCAACGUUCCUGUUGGCAGUCUUAGCGCCGUGACUAAAACCAGCGGGACGUCAGGCUCUUCUACAACUAAGAGACAAAAGAAGAAACAUACUAAUGUUAAUUCUUCUGCUCCUUCUUUGGACCCAGCAUUAGCUGCUGCUGCUGUCGUUACUGAUGAGACCGUCGCCGAGGCUGGUGCUAUCGAAAGUCCUGACUGGACAUAUGAUCCCAACGAGCCGCGUUACUGUGUCUGCAAUCAAGUGUCUUACGGUGACAUGGUGGCGUGCGACAACCCACGUUGCCUGGUUGAAUGGUUCCAUUACCCGUGUGUGGACAUCACAUCGCCUCCAAAGGGCAAAUGGUUCUGUCCGCCAUGUUCUGUUUCCAUGAACAGGCGCCAGAAGAAGUGAACGCCCGUCCCCUAGCCAUACAAAUUGAUUCUCUCUUGUGUGCAGUUAUGUGUUUAUAGUUAAAUAAUCAAUAAUUAUUUAACUGUAGAUAGUUUAACCAUCUAUCUCUGAUCUCAGUUAUAUGUAGAUAUUGGAACGCAUCAUCUCAGUUACGGUAUAUGAAGAUGGUCGACUCAUCUAAGCAUCGCUUCUUCAAUUUUGAGUUGAUAUUUUAAAUUUGUGUGCCAUCAAACUGUUGUGCAGCCUCUACGUGAUCUCCUGUACAUGCUACACGAAACGCAACUCCCCAUGUUAUUUUUGGAAAUUAAGUGACGAUCAUAAGGGCCGAAAAUGCGCUCAUUAAAGAAAUGUUUCACUAACUCUUCAUAAUUUAUUUUCUUCUAAAUUUCAAAUAUUUUUUUAUUGGUGAAAUUUGCGUAAAAGUUUUCCUUAGGGUACGAGUUUCAGUUCUGAACACACAUCGGGGUUUAUUGCAGUAAGAAAUUUCUGCUUGAGAAUGGAAACACGAGGCCACGUGUAGCAUCAAGACAAAGGCGUCGUCCGAAUAAAUGAUGAGAAUAUACUUUGUUUGUUUCCAAUGGACUUCUUCGACGAGUUCAAUAACGUCAGCGAAGUUAUUUAACAACUUUAAUAAAUUAUCGGUGUUGUACUGACUGUUGACUCUCUACGAUGCGCAUAGCAUUUAAAAUUUGAAAGCAUAGCAUAGCAUUUGUAACAUGAAAGGGUUUAGUGGGAACAAAAAUUUAUUUUGCGUUUGUGAAUAGCAGUUGAACUUUGAGUAGUUGAUGAACUUGGCUUAAACGAUUCAACUCGCAAUUGAUAAGCGGCUUCGAAUCAAUAUAUUUGCAAAUGGACGUAAUUAUUUUAUAUCUUUUUAGGAAGGAAUUAAUCACAUGGAAGUUGUAAGUAUGAGUUUUCGGGCUGUAUCCGUCGGUUAACUCAUCUCAAGAAAUAAGAUAAAACAAAUAGAAGAUUCGUUCAGCUUCUCAUACUUCUGAUAGGCAUUAUUUACAUACAUUGUGAAAUUGUAGAAACUUUGUAAUAAACAUUCUGCUGCCGUGA